ACGAUCCACUCUCGUCAGUGGAAGAGUGUCAGGGCACUCAAGAGCACAAUGGAUGAAUUAGUGGUUGUACCUGACCAUGGGGUCACUGAUACCCAGUUGGUUGCCCUCUUCUAUAGGGCUAUGCCCGAAGCCUUUCAAGGGCACUUCUUCGCGAAGAGCGAAGACCCUGCCACCACUUAUGAUGCUCUUAGCCGUGAGGUGGUAGCCUUCGAGGCAAAGUCCGUGUCAGUUUCCACUUUCUGGCACAAGGACUUGGACAAAGGCAAGAAGUGGAAAGCCGGCACUAUCUCAGGGCAAGUGAAGACUAAGGAUAGUCUUGUCCUAACUCUAGAUGAGGGUAGUGUGGAUGAAAUCCCCUACGACCAGAUUGAGUGGGGGUUAGAGGAGGAGGACAGCGGUGUGGGCCAGGGGAGAACUUACGUUGCUGUCGCGGCUGGAAGGAGGCCGCAAGGAGGAGGAAGAGGCCAGGGCCAAGGGGGCCGGGCCUCAGGGAGCCGGUUUCAAGGCGAUCAGGGGGUUGGCGGCAGAGGAGGAAACCGCCAAGCGGGAGGAAGGGGUCAAGUGAAAAGGGAGCAGCUAGAAGAACAGGUCUUCGUAGCCUAUGUUAGGCCAGUCACUGAGCCUAAGGAAGCUAUUCCCAAGUUGCUGGAAGAGUUUAAGGACCUAGCUGAGCCGCGGACGGGAACAGUGUCGCAGCCCAUCCAACACCGUAUUGAGAUAGAGCCUGGCAGUAGAACUCCUAAGGGCGUUGUGUAUAGGAUGUCCCCACGGGAGUUGGAGGAGCUUCGCAAGCAAUUGGACGAGCUCCUUGAAAAGGGUUGGAUUAGGCCCAGUUCGUCUCCUUUUGGAGCACCUGUUCUCUUUGUCCCCAAGAAGGAGGGAGAGCUAAGGAUGUGUAUAGACUAUAGGGGUCUAAAUGCUAUUACAAUGAAGAAUGUUGAACCACUGCCGAGGAUAGACGAUCUUCUAGAUCGAGUGCAUGGGUGCAAGUAUUUCUCUAAGAUAGAUUUGAAGUCCGGAUAUCAUCAGAUAGAGGUUCACCCUGAUGAUCAGUAUAAGACCGCGUUCCGGACUAGAUAUGGGCAUUAUGAGUUUAUAGUGAUGCCCUUUGGACUAACCAAUGCGCCAACAACUUUUCAGCGGUGUAUGAAUGACCUGUUUAGGCCUUGGUUAGAUAGGUUUGUCGUAGUUUAUCUGGAUGAUAUCUUAGUGUUUAGCAGGACCCUCGAAGAGCAUCAGGGUCAUCUCAGGCAGGUCUUGGAGAAGCUGAGGGAAGCUAACUUCAAGAUCAACACAAAGAAGUGCGAGUGGGAGAAGACCCAAGUUUUGUAUUUAGGCCAUGUCUUAGACGGAGACGACAUCAAACCUGAAGACAACAAGAUUGCAGCGAUUAGAGAUUGGCCGACACCGCGUACGUUGACAGAGUUGCGGUCGUUCUUAGGCCUAGCAAACUACUAUAGGAAGUUCGUGAGGAACUUCUCCACCAUCGCUGCGCCCCUUCGCAGAUUGCCCAGGAAGGAGACCAUCUGGAAGUGGGAUAAGGACUGCACGUCUGCUAUGAAGAAGUUGAAACAGGCGUUGAUAGAAUAUCCAGUCCUUAAGGUAGCCGAUCUGUCCUUGCCCUUUGUCGUCACUACGUACGCUAGUCAGUACGGCAUAGGUGCUGCGUUGCAGCAAGACGAUGGCCAUGGUUAUAGGCCCGUAGAGUUCAUGUCCGCCAGAAUGCCUUCAGAGAAGGUUGCGACAUCUACCUAUGAGAGGGAACUCUACGCUCUCAGGCAAGCCUUGGAACACUGGAAGCACUACUUGCUUGGGAGGCACUUCAAAGUCUAUUCCAAUCAUGAGACGCUGAGGUGGUUAAAGACGCAGGCCAAGAUGACAUCUAAGCUUACUAGGUGGGCCGCAGAGAUAGAUCAGUAUGACUUUGAGCUCAAGCCAAUCAAGGGAAAGUAUAACGUAGUUGCGGAUGCUCUGAGUAGGAGAGCUGAUUACUUUCGGGCAAUAGUGCAUUACCUAGACAUAGGGAAGGACCUGCGGCAGAAGAUUAGAGAAGCCUAUGCGCAGGACCCUAUCUAUAGUGACCUCCUCAAAAGGGUCAAGGAGGGCCCAGAGACUGAGCCGAACUACCACACUACCGAAGGGUUGCUCUUUGAGAAGACUAAUGUAUUUGACCGUCUGUGCAUUCCCAGUAGCGAAGAGGUCCGUAGUCUGAUUUUGGGAGAAUGCCACGAUACAGAGGGUCAUUUUGGUUGGCAAAAGACUUUAGCCGAUCUGAUGCGCGCAUAUACCUGGCCAGGGAUGAAGAACGACUGCGUAGAGUAUGUUCGCAGGUGUAAGGUCUGCCAGCGUAACAAGUCUUCUACGCGUGCCCCGUUAGGUCUUCUCAGACCCUUGCCCAUUCCGGAUCAGCCGGGAGAUUCAGUGUCCAUCGACUUCAUGGACACCCAAGUCAAGAGUAGGCAUGGCAAGAGUCAAGUCAUGGUCAUAGUUGACCGUUUUAGCAAAUGUGCAGUUUUUGUUCCCUUGCCGUCAGAGGCACGUACAGAUUUAGUGAUACAGAAGUUUUUUGACUGCUGGGUUAGUGAGAAUGGAAUCCCACUGUCAAUAAUUAGCGAUAGAGAUAGUCGCUUCACCAGCCAGAACUGUCAAGAACUCAUGAGAGUGUAUGGAUCUCAGUUGUUGAUGUCGUAUGGCCGCCAUCCUGAGACUAACGGUCAGACAGAGCAAAUGAACAAGAUCCUACAGCAAGUUUUGCGCAUGUACAUUAGGCCAGAUCAUAUUAAAUGGGAUGAGAUGUUGCCUAAAGUAGCUAGUGCGUAUAAUAAUAGUGUGCAUCUGUCCACGUGCCGCACUCCCAAUGAACUGCACAAGUCCUUUAGACCGUGUAGACCGUUUGAGGGACUCAACCGGGAUCAGAUUCACAGAUUACCGCCCGGGACCAAGGAGUUUGCUGUACAGCACGAGAAAGAACUAGCUACUGUUAUAGAGAACCUCAGGAAGGCCCAACAUAGGAUGAUAGAGCAAGCCAACAAACAUCGUCGCCCCUCACAGUUCCAGGUAGGCGACUUAGUCUAGGUCAGUUCUAGAGAGUUUGCACCUGAGGAGAACAUCUCGCAAAAGUUACUGCCCACCUAUAGA